GUUUUUUUUUAAUAAUGUAAAAUAGAAAAAAUUAUUACAUUUUAUUAUAUUCUUUGUGAUAAAAGUUGUUGAGAUAAAUAGAAUCCAAAAAAUGGCAUCAUUAAGCGGCCAAACGUAUCAAAAAGAACUCUUAUCAAUGGAAGAAGAGCCGAAUUAUUAUAAUCAACGGGGUGAAAUUGCUACAUUUUAUUCUGGAAAGAAAAUUUUUAUAACAGGAGGCUUAGGAUUUAUAGGAAGGCUUAUAAUGGAAAAACUUUUGAGAUGUUGUCCAGAAAUAACAACGAUUUAUUUCCUGGUAAGGGCAAAGAAACAGAAGGAUCCGCAAACUCGAUUCAAAGAAUAUUUCAAUGAUAUUAUUUUUGAUAGAUUGAAGAGAGAGCAAAAAGAUGUCGAAAAGAAGAUUAUUCUGAUAGAAGGAGACACGAGUCAAUUGAAUAWAGGAUUGYCAGAGAGGGACCRCGAACGCAUUAAAGAUACCGAUAUAAUUUUUCACGGUGCAGCAUCCGUACAUUUUAUGGACAACAUUCGUUUUAUAGUUAACACAAAUAUUAAAAGAACAAGAGAUCUUCUCUUGCUUGCACAGAAAAUGACAAGCUUAAAAGUACUUUUUUUCUAGUUAAACCAUCCGUAUAUUAAUGCGUAUGUUUAAGCACAAUUCCCCACUAGAUCAAUUUAUUUAUAUAUAGACAUUAGUUUAAUUUGAAAAACAAACUGUUCUAAUUUUACCAUAAUUUUGUUCUUUAGGGCUUCGUUUAUGCCUCAGUGAACUAAGAAAAACAGAUUCCAACUUUUGUAUAAUUGCUAAAAGUAUUAACAUGUAGGUAUCUUCUCGUUAAAAAAUGAAGUCAAUGUAUUUAAUAGGAAAAAUAUUUUAAAGCUAUAGGAAAAAAUACUUAUAUUGUAAACAAAUAAUUAACUUAUUCUAU